AUGCAUGUCCGCCCAGCCAUUGUUAGAGAUCUCUCCGAUGUGGGCACCAUCGCCACAAAUGCCAUGUUCGACGACGAGUUGACUCAAUUUCUAGCUCCUCAUCGGCAUGAGCAUCCGGAAUGUCUCCGAAUAGGCUUUCUCAGACGUGCGAAGAAGAGGUUCUACGAUGGCCACGUCGUUCUCGCCGGUGUAUCUGACCGGCGUGACCCUUGGUGGAGCGGCGAGGACAAAGUCGUGGGCUAUUUAUCCGCCAUCUCUAGCACCCAGAAGGGCGCCAACGAAAGGAAGCCGGGCUUUCCAUCUACCUGGAACGAGCUCGAACUCCAAUUCCUCCGCCUGGAAGAACUCAUCGAGUGGUAUACUUUUGCCGAUCGAUCCCUCUGUCGCUCGGCAUGGCUUCAGUUCUUAAACAGCAUGGCUGGAAAUGGACCCCUCGACGAUAUCAAGCAACAUUGGGAAAUUGAUCACCUCUCUGUCGAGCCGGCUUACCAGGGCAAGGGUUUCGGAUCCAUGUUGGUGAAAUAUGUGCAGGAAUUCGCUGCAAGGGAUAACUUGCCUGUUGUUCUCCAUGCGAGUGAGCAGGGGAGGUUGUUGUAUAAGAAGUUGGGGUUUAGAGACAUGGGUGCUGUCGAUAUGGGUGCGGGUCAGGUAUAUGAGGCCAUGGUCUGGUAUCCGCCUGACGCUGUGACGGCCAGUUCUGCUGCAAAGAAAGUCGACGACAACGCUACAGAGAAGCCGGUGUUGUGA